CCGCCACUACAACGAGACUUCCCCGGUCUUCGCACCUGUUUUUGAUUCUUUUAUGCCCUAAUAUUGCAAAAUCGCCAUAAUCUUCUUCCUUUUCUGUCUUCAACCACUGGUCAACCUGUUUACUGGCGUCUUGCCACCCAACCCCCAGCUUUCGUCUUGUUUGAUAUGUUUUGAAAUCUCAGCAUGCCCUCCUCGCGCCAAGCCAAGGACGCCGCCGAACGACAACCACGCUACAUCGAGCUAGAUAUCCGCAAAUCCGGACGGACAGUGACGGUGUGCCUUGGUCGUGGCAAAUCUAAUGAGUCGCCUGAGAUGGCAAAGUCUUCGCCGGCAUCGAAACCUGGCAUGACGCGCUUCGAGGCUGCCUCAAAGGCCGCCCAGGCGUGGAGGAGCACGUCGUCAUCUUCUGUCACUUCUCGUUCAUCGCGCUCUUCGCGAACAACCACCUCUUCCAUCAGGCGGGCGCUCCGUUUCGGAAGCUCUCCAGCCACAGACAUCCCCCCUAAUGAUGCAUCUCCGUCGAUAACCGCAUCUAGAAAACAGAACCGCGGCGCACCUCCCUUGCCGGCGACGAAACUCUAUGAUCGUGAGGCGGAUCACGAGCGCGGACGAAACCUGGACCUGAAUAGCGACACUCACGAUGAUAGCCGUACUGAGAGCUGUAACGGUACCCUCAAAAGCCCUGCUCAAUAUGCUCCAAAGCCGGACACGCCUGUGGGUGGUGAAAAGUUGAGCCUUCGAGAUCGUCGCCGACGCUCUCGUUCAACGAACCGCCAAGGAAAAGAUGACGAGAACGGCCGGAGCCAGAAGGCAAUGCCCACGCCGGCGUUCAUGCAGCAGCACCAGCACCCAACAGGAGUAGGAGUAGCACAGAGCGUACCAGGUGUGCCCAGCGGCAUCCUGCAGCAGCCUGUAUACUACAUCAACCAGCCCCAACCCGCCAACGACAGCUGCGCUCCUCAGUUCUACUAUGCCCAGCAUCCCGGUCACCACUUCACUGGACCUAUGAUACAGGUGCCACAAGUCGUCGUCUACACCUCGAGCAACUCCCCAGCCACUCAGGCGGUGACACCAUCGUGCACACACGCCCCGUGCCCAAGCCCAGUGACCACGAGCAGGAGCAACAGCGAACUGUACAAGCCGGCAUCAUCCUCGGUUUCCCGCCGGGAUGCGCACAGCGGACGGUCCAAGGCCAGCACCGAGUCGACUUUCAGGACCGGCCGCGGUGGCGCCCGCAUGCUAGCGCCGCUGAGCAGGCACUACUUCUGCUUCGGCUGCGGCCGGGUCCGGUCCAAGAGAUUUCAUCUGCAGAACCCGCUCAGGCCGGACCAGAACCCGGACGCCAACUACUGCGCCAACUGCCGCCGCCAACACGCCGCCGAGGGAAGGCAGCAAAGCCAGCAGCGACAUGCCUACCCGCUUCAGGAUGACCCCGAUCUCGUCAUACCCGAAACCUCAACAAUUGCGUCUGGGAGCUGUCUCAGCCUGGGCGACGGCGGCGACGACGGAUUUAGGGGCGACGACGGCGGCGGCCGGUAUCUGGCCGCCGGCAGCUACCACACGAGCACCCCGACCACGGUCAACAGCGGAGCUGCAGGCUCCAGUCCGGCCACUCCUGCAGCGCUUCAAGACACGCCCAAGCGAGGCAGGAGCCUCGACUGCAGGCCAUCGCCACACCGACUUCCCUGUGCUACCCCCCAGACUCCUUCUUAUUCCCAGCUCCGGCAGGCUCAGAACGACUCUCGGCUCAAGUCGGAAAACGACAGCCCAUAUGCUAUGUCCGAACCCCCUUCCUCACACGACCAUCACGGCAGCCAGUACCGGCCGCCCAGCGUGGAGUCCGUCAUCGAUUCGUCUCUCGGGCUCAAAAAGCCAUCGGCGGGACGCCAAUCGCCGCCACCCCGACGCCGCCGGCCACGGCGCGUGAGCUCGGUGGAGCCGAUUCUGCAAACAGCGCCGCUGCCGCCGAGGCUGCGGCGUGCUCACCGCUCUCCGGAGCCAGCGCAUCAGUCGGGACGAGUCGAAAAUAGGGACGGCGGCGCUAGCGUCGAUACGAAGCCUGAGACAGCCACAUCCAGGGGCUCACCAUCGAUCAGGAACCAUCAGGGAAAGAGGGAGAAGCGACACCACCAUCCGGUGCCGCCUGCGCGAUCGCCUUUCGACAGUACCAAGCAGGUGCGGUUCGAUCCACACCUCGAUCAGUGGUUCAGCAACCAAGAGCUGUCCUCAUCCUCACUUUACGGAGGAGAUGGCGAACUCGGGGAGAGUAGCGAACUUAGCGGCGAGACAAAGCCGCGCUGCAGCGCCACAGACGGCUACGGGAGCGACGAUAGCGCGCGGACUGUGCUGAAUGCCAACAACACCAGCACUCGAGGCUUCAGGGGCCGUGUUGACUCGGAUCAGAAAGACAACCCAGUGUGCCAGGAGGCGCACAACGGCCAAGACGACCACCGAGACCCUUUCGCGAUCCCGCCGCGCCCUCGGAAGCCGCAACUCUUCACCGUGACGACCGAAUCCGAGCCUCCAGGCGACGAUACUACCGCCAGCCCUGCGCCCCCCAUCUCACCGUACGCCACCUCCGCCAUGCCGCGCCCGCGCUGCGUGUCGGACUGGACGAUGCCGACGGGGUGGCGCUCCCCAACGGCCGAUGCCGCCACGUCCCCUAAGCCGCCGCUCGAAUCCUACAUGAGCCCGAGCAUCGAUGCAGCAGACCUCUCGUUCGACUUCUCGUCCCUGGGCGACGGGCCCACGCCGCGCGACCGCUCCGACCCCUUCUACGCCCACUCCCUGUCCGACUGGGAGCUGGAGCAGCGCCUGGACGAGCUGCGCGCCGGGCCGGCGUGGUUCAGGGCGAAGGAGGAGGGCGCCGGCUGCUGCUGCUGCGGCGGCGGCGGCGGUGGCACUGAUGGUGGUGAUGAUUGUUACGACGAAUACGGCGCUUAUGGCUGCGGCAUGGACAACCUUUACGGCGGCGAGGGGGAGCGCCUGCCGCCGCACGAAGAGUACGCUGCUGCCAGGCUGGGAGAGAAGAUACCGGCCGGGUGCGGUCCAAGGCUGGGGAGUGAUGGGUUCUUUGACGGCGAUGCCGGAUAUCAGAGCUCCCUCGACUGAAGCAUUCUCUGCGUUCUCUGGACUGCGAUACUAAAGGCUUUGUUUUGUUUUUUUCCUCUUCUUUCUUCACACCCCUUCCUGUUUCACAUCGGCUGUUUACCCACUGCGCUUUUCCU